AUGGAUCUUGUGAAGUUUGGAGACAUGGGCAGUGGCUGUGAGGAUGAAAACCUUGGCCUCGCAUCUGGCCCCCCGAAGGACUGCAUUAACCAGCAGAGCCAGUUGGAGGAACCCAUGUUUGGAUUGAUAGAGUUAGUGUGUGUCACGGCCAUUUACAUUCCACUGAUGCUCUUCGGCCUUCUGGGAAAUAUAUUAACAAUUCUGGUGGUUUGGCUCCGACCUCACAUGAGAAGUUCUACCUACCUCUACCUGAGCAGCAUGGCUGUUAGUGAUCUGUUGAUACUCCUACUGCUACCUCUGGAUCUGUAUAAGCUCUGGAGGCCCAGGCCCUGGCCCUUAGGAGACCUUGCCUGUAAGAUGACGAUGUUCCUCUCAGAGUGCUGCACCUUCUGCACCAUCCUCCACAUCACCUUCCUCUCCCUAGAGAGGUACCUGGCGGUCUGCUGGCCAAUCACUGCCAAGACCCUGGUGACGCGGCGCAGAACCAGGGCUCUCAUUGGCUGCCUCUGGCUGGGUGCAGCCGUCAGCGCAGCGCCGGUGUUGGUCAUGGUUGGAGUGGAGGAAGUUGGGGGAGAGGAGCUAGUGCUCGGUGGAUGGAGGGAGGACGGUGGGUGGCGGGAAGGAGAACAGGGAGGCUUUAUGAGAGGUGGAGGGGAAAGAGGAAGUGGACACAUGGCCUCGAUGGAUGGAAGAUUGGAAGGAAUAAAGUGGAACGAAAAAGAGAAAAGAGGAUGUGGUGAAAGAGUUCAGGAGUUAAACUGUUUUGGAGAGAAAGAAGAAAUUGGAGGACGAGAUGUGAGGAAACAAGGAGGUGGAGGAAAAGUGUUUGUUGAAAAACAAGCGGAUGAGGGAGGAAGUGAAGAAGAAGGGAAGAUGGAAGAUGAGGGGGAGCGGAAAAAUAAAAUGAAAGAAGAUGAGGGAGGAGGAAGGGAAGAAGGUGUUGAUGGAGGUCACGGAGGAGAGAUUGACAACAGAGAGUGCCGCUGCACGCAAUAUGCCGUCUCCUCAGGCCUGUUGUCGGCCAUGAUGAUUCUCUCCAACUUGUACUUCCUGGUACCGUUCUGCAUCCUGGGACUGGUCUACAGCCUGAUUGGACGGACAUUGUGUCUCCGUCCACAAAGCAGUCGUAGAGACCAGAGUCACCGGCACACUGUCAAGAUGCUGGGAGUGAUCGUCUUGGCGUUUGUCCUGUGCUGGCUGCCCUUCCAUGUGGGUCGGACCAUUUUCUCUCUUUCUCUGGGCACCGGUUCAGACAUUUUAUACUAUCUGUCUCAAUAUUUCAACCUGGUGUCCUCUGUCCUCUUCUACCUCAGUGCUGCUGUCAAUCCUUUACUGUACAACCUGAUGUCUGCCAGAUAUAGACACGCUGUGCACAGCCUCAUGCACACACACUCUCAAACACCGUCUCAACGCCUGCGCACAGUCACAGCACGGCACUCCACGACCACGUUGUAA